AUGUUGCUUCUGCUGCUUCUGCUGCUUCCUAAUAUAGUGUCCCAAGGACAAAGUGCUAAAUGCGCAACAAAUAAUCCUGUUCAUGUUCCACACGAGUGGUAUGAGCCAGGUGACCUGGUCAUUGGUGCAAUGGCAUCUCAUAUUUAUUACAUAGUCCGCACGGUUUCCUUCAAGAAACACCCUUCCCAGCACUUCAUUGAUGCCCCACUGGUGUUGACAAAGUUCUACCAGCAAAUUCUGGCCUUGGUGUUUGCUGUUGAUGAGAUCAACGAGAAUCCCAGGAUGUUGCCCAAUGUCUCUCUCGGCUUCCACAUCUAUGAUAGCUAUUAUGAUUCAAAGAUGACCUACCGAACCACUCUGGAUCUGCUCUUUAAAUCACAUCACUUUGUUCCCAACUACAGGUGUGGCAUCCAGAAAAAUGUCAUAGGAGUCAUUGGGGGACUCAGCUCUGAUACCUCCUGGUGCAUGGCAAACGUCUUAGGUCUUUUCAAGAUUCCACAGAUUUCAUACGGUUCAUUUGAACCAGCCAUAAAUUAUGGAACCAAGUUCCCUUCCUUUUACCGCAUGGUCCCCAAUGAAGACCUUCAGUUUCAGGGAAUUAUCCAGUUACUUCUGCAUUUCAGAUGGAAAUGGGUUGGGCUCAUCACUCCAGCUAAUGAAGCUGGGGAACGUUUCUUGCAGAACAUUGAGCCAAUGCUUUUCAAGAAUGGAAUCUGUUCGGCAUUCACAGAAAGAGUUAAACCCAAUAUAAAUUAUAACAGUAACUUUCUAGAAAUGGUGGACAUAAAGAUUAAGUUACCAAGUUUCACAACAAGCAAAGCUAAUGCAAUUCUUCUACAUGGAGGAAGUAGAUUUAGUAUAUGGUUGGCAAAUGCUUUUAUCGUGAUGGAGUUUACUCAGCUACUAUUUCCUCAAAAGAAGUCACAUGAAGGAAAACUCCACUCAUUCCUGCAGAGAAUCUCAUUCAACAACAGUGCUGGGGAUGAAAUUGCAUUAAAUGAAUAUGGAGAGUUAGCAGCUGGCUUUGAUAUUACCAACUUGGUCACUUUCCCAAAUAAUUCCUAUGUCAGAGUCAAAGUGCCACCGCUUUCUGUAUGUAAUGCCAAGUGCCAUCCUGGUUACGGGAAGAAAAAGAAGGAGGGGGAGAAGUUUUGCUGCUAUGAUUGUGAUCCAUGUGCAGAAGGAAUGAUUUCAAAUGAGAAAGACAUGGAAACAUGUAUCAGUUGCCCAGCAGAUCAGUAUCCAAACAGCGGCCAGGAUCUAUGCAUUCCUAAGAUUCCAAACUUCCUAGCCUUUGAUGAAACCCUGACCAUUGUUUCAACUUCCUCUGCACUUUUAUUCUCUCUGGUCACAAUUUUAGUGCUAGGCAUCUUCAUUAAGCAUCGCAAUACAGCCAUAGUCAAAGCCAACAACCGAAGCCUCACCUAUGGUCUCCUUAUCUCCCUCCUCUUGUGUUUCCUCUCUUCUUUGUUGUUUAUCGGAAAACCUAAUAUGGCGACUUGCCUUCUCCGACAAACUGCUUUUGGCAUUGUCUUCUCUGUGGCCCUCUCCAGCAUCUUAGCCAAAACCAUACUGGUGGUUUUGGCAUUCAUGGCUACCAAACCAGGAUCCAAUAUGAGGAAAUGGGUAGGCAAAGAACUGGCUUAUUCCAUUGUUUUUUCCUGUUCCAUUGUUCAAGUAGGAAUCUGUGUCCUCUGGCUGGCAACCUCUCCCCCAUUCCCAGAUGUGGACAUGCAAUCAAUGCCUGAAGAAAUCAUAUUUCUUUGUAAUGAAGGGUCAGUUUCCAUGUUCUAUUGUGUUUUGGGCUACAUGGGGUUCCUGGCCACUAUCAGCUUCACGGUGGCCUUCCUAGCCAGGAAGUUGCCUGACACUUUCAACGAAGCCAAGUUCAUCACCUUCAGCAUGCUGGUCUUCUGCAGUGUUUGGCUCUCCUUCAUUCCAACCUACCUGAGCACCAGAGGAAAAUACAUGGUGGCUGUGGAGAUCUUCUCCAUCUUUGCUUCUGGUGCUGGGUUACUGGCUUGCAUUUUCACCCCUAAAUGCUACAUAAUUGUGGUGAGGCCAGACCUGAACAACAGAGAGCAGCUAACACAAAGAAAGGUAUAA